AUGUCGUUUUCCAUUAGCUCAGUCUCUGAGUCCUCCACCAUACCCGAUUUCAAUGUGGUUCUCUUUGGAGCAGCAGGAGUUGGAAAGUCAGCUCUAGUUCACCGAUUCCUCAAGAACAACUUCUCUGAGAUGUAUCGACCUACAGUUGAAGAAACCUACUCCACGGUGCUGCAGACUAUGAGCUGCACAUGCGUUCGGCUGGUGUUGGUUGAUACUGCAGGUCUACAUCCAUUCCCAGCUAUGCGGGAACUUCGCAUGAGAACAGGAAACGCCUUUGUCUUUGUGUUCUCCUAUGAUUCUGCAGACUCACUGCAAGAAGCCAUCCGAUUGCAUUCCCAUCUCCAACGUGUUAAGGGCAAGUUUCUUUACUGUCUUUACUAUGGAGAUAAAUUUGAUCCCAAGAGCGUCAUAUUCGUUGGAAAUAAGGCUGAUCUUUUGACUGUUCCCGCUAUUGUUGAAUAUGGAAAUGAAGAAGAGCUUGAGAGAGAAGACAGUUUGAACUCUCGUAAUUCGAGUGAUAAUGAGAGUGUCUUAAUGGCAUCCUCCAUGGCAUCGACAACUAUUGCGGCAGCAGAUGAUGAAUUGCAACAAACAGCAAGGAGCAUGAUUGAACAACUGGGAUGUCCGCUCAUUGAAACCAGUGCUCGACUUGGCAGCAAUGUACUAGCGGUCUUUCAUUCUGUCCUCUGGCCAAUGCUUUUUGCACAUUCCAAUUUGGCCACUAAAGUGACGCCCGCAGAUAUUGCUAACGGACACUUCAGAGAGGACUCACCUCUCCGAGGGGCACAAGAAAAUGACACUGACAGGAAGAAGAUCAGCUGGCCAUGGAGGAAUUCUUCCGAACACUCGACGGCGCUGCCAUUUAAUUCAAGUCUAAGUCCCUACAAUGAUCGAUCACCUAACCGUUCAAGAUUUCAUCUUGAACGCCGACGAAAAAUAAGUUGUGUGGAGAAUGAUAUGUUUACAGGAGGCAACUGUCUGUUUGCAGCUCGAGAGGACGUCAAUCGAAAAUUCAGUGUUGGCUCAAGACUUCUAGCUUCUCCACGUAUCCACAACAAUCACUAUCAUGAAAAUAAGGGCAAUAACUUUCUCUCUGUUGUUAAUGAUCCUUACAACAGGCCAGCAUCACGAUGCCACUCUGCUGACAAUUCUUUGGCUGGAAAAUCUAAUGGGUAUAGGGACACUAAUUCAACGGAUAGCGCCUACUCAGAACGGAGCUACAGUUCUCUUAACUCUGUCGAAAAAGAGAACGUUGGGAAGCUAUCCGUAUCCUCCACAGAUGGACGUUGCAGACACGGACGUUUCCUGAGCCCCAGUGCCGGAAGAUCAUCAAGAGACUGUGGCUUUGCUAUGGACCUGUGUCUCCACUCCCUAGAUUUCGUGCAAGAGAUUGGACGCUAUCUAGAUCCUUCUCAUAAAUCAAAAGACGUUAGUGAACCAAGAGUACCUUGUUUCCAGAUUUUAAACUUUGGACGUCAUGGCAAGUCACCACAACCGUCUCUUAACCGUGAACGGGUUAAGAAACGUUGCGUUUUCAGUCAGUCGAAUUUCUGUCUUGUUGAUCAAAUUUGCGAGGCAAAUGAACCAGCAUGCCCAAGGAGUGAACAUGAAUUCAACUUAGUGGUGCCAGAAUCCCACAGACAGGUGUUCAGUCAGAGUUCUACAAGACCAAACAAUUGCAAAAUCUGCUGA